AAUCGGAACAUCUUUUGUUGUCUAGUUCAAUAUUUUCACAAAACACCCAACAAAAAUAUUUUUCAUCCAAACAAAAUUUCUAAAUUUUUUAAUAAAAGUAAUAAAAGAAUACUUUAUUUAAAAGCUAAACUAAAAGUAUCUUCCAUUAAAAAAACAUUUAAAUAUGAGUUACAAUGACAAAGGAGACGGUAUUACAAAGGAAGAAUGGCUUUUGCGUUUGUCGCAAUUUCCCUUCAAACAAUCGGACAUGAACCGAUUAAUAAUGAAUUAUUUGGUCACAGAAGGAUUCAAAGAGGCUGCUGAAAAAUUUCAGCUUGAAGCUGGUUUGGAGCCAAGUGUUGAGUUGAGCUCCUUGGACGACCGAAUACUCAUCCGAGAAGCUGUACAAAAUGGUCGUAUACAAGAGGCAACACAUUUGGUGAAUCAAUUGCAUCCGGAAUUAUUGGAUAACGAUCGCUAUUUAUUCUUUCACUUGCAACAAUUGCAAUUGAUUGAACUUAUUCGCGCUGGAAAAAUAGAAGACGCUUUAACUUUUGCUCAAACAAAAUUAUCUGAAGCAGGCGAAGAUAUUCCUGAAGCCCUAAACGAACUUGAACGAACACUUGCAUUACUCGCUUUUGAAAAACCUCAAAACAGUCCAUUUUCGGAAUUGCUAGAGCAAUCACAUCGCCAAAAGGUUGCCAGUGAGUUAAAUGCUGCCAUUUUAAAAUCUGAGCACUGUGAAGACUCAACGCCACGUGUUAUGUAUUUGUUGAAGAUGAUUAUUUGGGCUCAAUCCAAGUUAGACAGCUGCGAUGUCAACUAUCCAAAGAUGAAAGAUCUCGAAGCUGCGCUCAUUGAACCCAAACAGGUCUAAGGCGGCAUAACUUAAUAUAUUUUUUUUUUUUAUUUUCUUUUUUCUCUGGAGAAAAAUUUUUUAUGUUGAAUCGUUGUAAGCUUUCUUUAGUGAAUUAGAUUACUUCUUAUUCUUUAAAGUUUAACAAACAAACAAAAAAAAGGAAAAGAAAAACAAGAAUAGACUACGUAGAACGUUUUGUGUUGAAAUGAUUUACAAUAUUAAGCAGCCCAAGUAGAGGGUGCUAGAAAUGCAAUUUUAAUGAAAAUAUACAUAUAUAUAAAAAAACAUAACACAAUACAUAAAUUAA